AUGGACCACGAACUCGAAAAGGGUCCUCGCCAUGACGAAGAGGCUCAGAGUCCUGAAAGCCGCCAGCGCCAGCUCGACCUGCCUGUAGAGGCGGCGAGUUUAUGGCCUCGCCUUUACGUAGCGUUAUUUUGUGUUACAUUUCUAACGCUUGGGGUCGGUGGUCUCAGUUUCCUUGUCACGCGGAAGGUCUAUGGAGGCGAGAGAGACGCCCGGCUCCGGGAGGAGGGUGGCCAGGGCCAUGAGCAUCUGCAGGCACGGUGGGGUGGGUUUGCCGAGCGGCCGAUGGACAACCAGUGCUAUCGGCAAGAACGCACGGCGAUUCUGCUGUCGGCGUACCUGGGAUUGCUCGGCGUGGAUCAAUGGUACGCGCACCAUUGGGCGCUUGCUGUCUUCAAGAUGUUGGCGUGGCUACUACUCUUCAUUGUUCGAGCUGCAUCGAAAGUCUUCGAGCAAUCUUUCCUUCUUCAAGCUUUGCUCGCCGUUCUCAUCGCAGCCAUCCCAGUCUGGUGGAUGGCCGACUUCAUUAUGUGGACGGUCGGAGGGGUCUAUGGCACGCCUGGCUGCCCUGGCGGUAGCGGAUCGUGGAGGUACUAA